UCGGAAAGGAAAGAGUACAAGAAUACUCCAAAGCGAUCCCAGUGCAAGUAGUUGGAAGAGACAACACAAUCUUCUCCGAACUCAAAUUCAAGAACUUUCAGGGGGCUCAAAUUCAAGGAAAGUUGCAACCUGCAUUUCAUGCCGACCAGCAAGAACUACCACAAUCAACAAAUAAUGCCUCCUCAGCUGAAGACUCAGUUGAAUAUCACUUCAAAGGUGAUCAAGGGGGAUUUGGAAAGUCUGAAUCAGGAUGUGAGAGGCUUCAUUGAAAGCAAUGCCAAGCUUUGCCAGCCUGAUAGCAUCCAUAUCUGUGAUGGCUCAGAGGGAGAGAACAAAAAAAUCCUGGCCCUCAUGGAGGAACAAGGCAUGAUCAAGAAGCUGAGCAAGUAUGAGAACUGUUGGUUGGCUCUCACUGACCCAAGGGAUGUGGCAAGAAUUGAAAGCAGGACUGUCAUCAUCACUCAGGAGCAGAGAGACACGGUCCCAAUCCCCAAGACUGGAAUUAGCAAGCUGGGCCGCUGGAUGUCAGAAGAAGAUUUUGAGAAAGCCUUCAGCGUCAGAUUCCCAGCGUGCAUGAAAGGCCGUACCAUGUAUGUCAUCCCCUUCAGCAUGGGACCUAUUGGGUCUCCUCUGUCCAAGAUUGGGAUUCAGCUGACAGAUUCACCGUAUGUCGUGGCCAGCAUGAGGAUAAUGACCCGGAUGGGAACAGCUGUCUUGGAAGCCCUAGGCAACGGGGAGUUUGUAAAGUGCCUUCAUUCAGUUGGGUGCCCUCUUCCACUGAAAGAACCACUGGUGAACAACUGGCCUUGCAACCCAGAUUUGACUCUGAUUGCUCACGUCCCCGAUCGCAAAGAGAUCAUUUCCUUUGGCAGUGGUUACGGAGGAAAUUCUUUACUGGGGAAAAAGUGCUUCGCUCUCCGAAUUGCCAGCAGAAUUGCCAAGGAAGAAGGCUGGCUGGCAGAGCACAUGCUGAUUGUUGGCGUUACAAAUCCAGAGGGUGACAAGAAGUAUUUUGCAGCAGCGUUCCCUAGUGCAUGUGGGAAAACUAACUUGGCUAUGAUGAACCCAACUCUGCCAGGGUGGAAAAUUGAGUGCGUUGGGGAUGAUAUUGCCUGGAUGAAGUUUGAUGAGCAAGGUAAUUUAAGGGCAAUCAAUCCAGAAAACGGCUUUUUUGGAGUCGCUCCCGGAACAUCAGUAAAAACAAACCCCAAUGCUAUGAAGACAAUUUACAAGAACACCAUCUUUACCAACGUAGCAGAAACCAGUGACGGAGGCAUAUACUGGGAAGGCAUUGAUGAGCAGCUCGCACCUGGAGUGAAGCUGACAUCAUGGAGAAACAAGGAGUGGCUCCCAGAGAAUGGGGAAACCUGUGCUCACCCCAAUUCUCGAUUCUGCACUCCAGCCAGUCAGUGCCCAAUCAUCGACUCGGCAUGGGAAUCCCCUGAAGGAGUGCCGAUUGAGGGUAUAAUAUUUGGAGGCCGUAGACCUACCGGUGUGCCUCUGGUAUACGAGGCCCUUAACUGGCAGCAUGGAGUAUUUAUAGGCGCAGCGAUGAGAUCUGAAGCAACAGCAGCUGCCGAACACAAAGGUAAAAUCCUCAUGCAUGACCCCUUCGCCAUGAGACCCUUCUUUGGCUACAACUUUGGUAAAUACCUGGCCCACUGGCUCAGCAUGGCACACCGCCCAGCUGCGAAGCUGCCAAAGAUCUUCCAUGUUAACUGGUUCCGGAAAGACAAGACCGGGCAAUUCCUGUGGCCUGGCUACGGGGAGAACUCCCGAGUGCUAGAAUGGAUGUUCAGCCGAAUCCAAGGAAGAGACUGCGCCAAACUAACUCCCAUAGGCUACAUCCCUGCUGAAGGCGCCUUGAACCUAAAGGGUUUAGAAAACGUCAACACGGCAGAACUGUUCGAGAUCUCCAAAGAGUUCUGGGAAAAAGAAGUGGGAGAAAUCAAGAAAUAUUUUGAAGAUCAAGUGAAUGCUGACCUCCCCUAUGAAAUAGAAAGAGAAGUUCUUGCACUGGAGCGGAGGUUAAAACAGCUGGAACUCACUGAGAUGCAUUUGAUCAAUCCACACCAAAGGAUGAUAACAAACAAUUUGCUGAAUCAUUAGUGAUAGCAAAACAAUGCAUGAAUAGGGGGGAUAUUCAGUGGAAAAAUAGGAAUUUUAAAUCUCAUUCUGAAAUGAAGAAUCUGGGUAGCUUACCUAGAAUAAAGGGCCACUCCAGAAGGAACUCCUGGCCCAGGGAUUAACAAUUACAUAUGCGAAAUAA